AUGGACGGCGGCCACGCACAUCAGCGGCCACGCUCGGGCGACUUUCCAUACGUUGCACCGCUGAAUCUGGCUCGCCUUGCAAAUACGACCAGCCAACAACAGCGGCAGCUCAACCUCAACCUCGGCCUCGGCCUCGGCCCCGGCAGAUCAGUUUCAUCGCAAAGCCCCCAGAGAGACAGUUGCAGACGCAGAGGCAGAAGCAGAGGUAGAAGCAGAGGCCGAAGCAGAGGCCGAAGCAGAGGCCAAAGCAAAGGCAGAGGCAGAGGCAGAGGCAGAUACGCAGACUGUCGACUGUCGGAUUUGUUCCAUGAUCUGAGCAUCAGCCACAAAGAACUGGAGAGGUAUUUGAACCGCUCCUCGCAGGUCAAUGUGGCAGACACGCUUCGAAAGCAGAGCCUCGCCAACGACCUCGACGCGGACUCGCAGUACGACGACACCCACACCUCCUCCGUUGCAUCAGCAGCUUCCUUCUCCCCUCUGUCCUCCUCAUCCCCCGCCUCUACCCUCUUCAAGUCUGUCUCCAUCCAGACCAGCACCGACAGCGACGGCAUUCACUGCGCAGCUCUCGAUCAGUCUUACGCCAUCUCACCGUUGCCAUCGUCGCCAUCGUCGCCAUCGUCGCCAUCGUCACCGUCGCCGCCAUCGUCACCCGCCUCAUCUGCUGCUGCUGCUGCCGCCCCCCGCUGGACGCCGAGUUCUCGACACAGUAGCUACCAUGAGCAGCAUCUGCUGGCUGACAUGACCGUUGACGCAGCCGUCUUUGUUUCCUCGUCAAGCGAGCCGUCCAGCCCGUCCUCCCCUACGCGCUGCGCCCCGGCGUUGCCUCCUGGCAGAGCCUGGGCCAACAACUGGCCGGAGCAGCAGCUCGAGAACCUAUUGUUGUCCACCACCAAGGUCGCCAAGGUGUGCCUGGUGCGCCCCCGCGCCGGACCGUUCGAGGGUCUGUUCGUCGCACUGAUCACCGCCACAGCCGUGCCCUUUCCAAACAACCCAGACGUCGCGUUGGCAGACCGGGCCGACCAUGAAGCUGCAAGGAAGCAGAUACACACGCUGAAAACCGCCGUGGCCGAGUGGGGCUCGGAUUCCCGUCGUCCAGAUGUCUGGAUCGUGCUCCAGUCCAUGGCCACCAACGCUCAUGGUGAACCCGACGCGAGGAGGCUGCAGACAUGGGUGCAAAAUCUGGGCGAGACGGCCGAGGCCGACAUCAUGAGCAUGCAAGUCUACGUCCACCGGCCCUCUGCCGGCGCCAACGUGGUCCGCCAGCCCAGGGAGACCCCACCCGAUGACUUGGGCAGACCAGAGUCCAUGGUGCAACCAUCGACGCAACCAUUGACGCAAACGUCGACCGGCCCAGCUUGGCUUCAUGGCAGCAUCCUUGAGACUAACGAUGACGAUGUCGACUGCAACGCCAACCGCAGCGCCAACCGCAGCGCCAACCCCAACGCCAACACCAACGCCAACAACCGCGACGACCACGAGGAGCAAUGGCAGCCUCAAAGUCCCGUCCGCGGCGGCUCCGACGAGGACAUCUUCCCUCUGGCCAUCAUGCAGCAGCUCUUCUUCAGAACCUCGCUAAGUCACGGCCUGGACCAAGCUGCCAUGUCUGGCCGGGAUUACCGCUUCAGCCAGGGCAUACUCUUGAACAUCAAAACCCAUGUUCAAUUGGCCGAGAUUGAAGCAGCAGUGAGCGUUCUGGUGUCGAGACACUCCAUGCUGAGAGCUCGCUUCAGACUCACCUCGCAAGGAUGGGCACAGGUGAUUGUGCCAGAAUCCAGCCGAGCCUACAGAUUCGAGCACAAGUACAUGGAAGACGGCCAUGAUGACUUGCCGGCUGCCAUUGAAGACGCGCAACGAACUCUCAAUGUUUUCAGGGGUCCUGUCUUUGCCGUCAAGCAUCUCCGCAGCGCCAAGAACCAGCAGUUGCUGUACUUGGCCGCCCAUCACCUGGUGGUCGACCUGAUCUCGUGGCGCAUUCUCCUGCAUGACCUGGACGAGUUGCUCCGUGCAGGAACCUUGCUUUCCGACCCUUCAAUGCCGUUCACAUACUGGACUGACUAUCAGAGCUACGAAAACAGCCAGCGCCUGGUCGAUCCCGUGCUGCCGUUUACAAUCACCCCACCGGACAUUGCGUUUUGGGGCUUGGAGGCUCAAUCCAACCUGUACCGCGAUGCCAAGCGCUUGACCUUUUCCUUGCCGACCCAAGCAGCACUGGCUCUUCGCAAGGGCUGCAACAAGGUUUUUCGAACCGAGUCUGCCCACAUAUUCCUCGCAGCCCUGCUUCACUCCUUCCGGCAAACCUUUCCUGAGCGCAACCUCCCUACCGUCUGGAACCAAGAGCACGGCCGUGGCGAGCAGAACAGCGACUUCAACAUUGAGCAGACGGUUGGGUUGUUCACCAGCCUGUGUCCCAUCAGCAUCCCGGCUUCCGCCGGUAAUGACCCGAUCCAUUUGAUCAAGGUCGUCAAGGACACUCGCAAGGCCAUCCCCCGUGGCGGCAUCCCCCUUUUCCAGUCCAGAUUGGCUGCCGAGGGCGCGCCGGCAACCCCAGUCCCCGUUGAAAUCAUGUUCAACUGCGUCGAGACGCUUGAUCUGCUUCAACGGGAGAAUGGCAUCUUGGAGCCCAUUGCCGCCCCCGGCCGUGACGCUUGCUCCCUCGCUUCUGACAUUGGUCCCGCGGUUGGACGCAUCGCUCUUUUUGAAGUAUCUGCUGCUGUGGAUGGCCAUGGGGCCAGAAUAGACUUGUUGUACAAUGUCAACUCGAAGCAUCAGGACCGCAUCGUCUCCUGGAUGCACGGUUUUGAACUUUGCCUCGUCACAGCCAUCUCCUGUUUGGGCAGCAUGCAGCCUGAGCUGACCCUUUCCGAUGUCCCCCUUCUGGAGACAACCUAUGAGAAACUUUUCAAGCUGUCGGGGAAAAGGUUUGUCGACAUUGGCAUCAGCGGAGUCGAUAACGUUGAAACAAUCUACCCUGUCGAUGCUACGCAACAAGAGAUUCUCGUGGCGCAAACUCUUGACGAAAAUUGCUUUCAUGUCAGCCGCACCUAUGAGCUCGCCACACCUGAUGGCAGUUUGGUCGACCAGGGCAGACUUUGUGCCGCGUGGGAGGCCCUUGUUUCCUCCCACAGUGGUUUGCGCAGCAUUUUCAUCGACAGUGUCUCGGAAAGCGGUCUGUUCGACCAGCUUGUUCUGAAGAAGGUCUCGCCUGCCAUGCUGUUCAUCGAUUCAGAUGAUCCAAUGGAGACGCUCUGCGCUCUGCCGCCAAUGAAGAAGACAUCGUCAUCUCAGCCUCGGCACAGAAUUUCGGUUGGCCGAUCACGCCGCAAAACGUAUUUGAGGAUUGAUUGCAGCCAAGCUCUUUGUGAUUUGAACGGUAUCCACAAUCUAGUCGCCCAGUUGAGACAAUUAUACAUGGCCAGGAACGUGUCCAUGAGCGUUUCCGAGGCCCUCCCUCGCCGACACUAUCGGCACCUUUCUUCUCCCGAUUCUUCCCGCAAUCUCGACAUAUGGAGAGGCAACCUUGACGGUGCGACGCCGUGCAUCUUUCCGCGCCUCAUCAUACGGGAUCAAGGACGUCUCGAGUCUCGAGGCAUCAGCUUGGAUAUAGGUCGCAACCAGUUGUCACAGUAUUGCGCAGAGAGCCAGCUGAACAUAUCCACCGUGGUUCAGCUGGCUUGGGCGCUUGUGCUCCGUACCUACGUCGGUGAGAAUCGCGUCAUUUUCGGAUAUCAGUACGCCGAGAGAAAACAGGCGCUUGUGUCAGACACGGCACAACAUGCGAGCAGUCCGUCCACCUUUGUUCCCUGCAUGGUCGACUUUUCCCCCAUAGGCACCGUGCUCGACACCUUGUGGCGACUGCAGAGGACGUUUAUGGAUUCGACCGUCACCGAGGUGCCAACUCUGGCUGAAAUCGAGCACUCGCUUGGCAUUCGGGGCCAGAGGCUCUUCAAUACCUGCGUCACCUGUCAGGAUGUCCACGACGCUAUUCUGAGCGAUUCCGACUCCGACUGCGAUAUCUGGGACCCGGUGCUGCUGUCCAGCGCGAUUGAUGGAAACUGCGACGUUUCGCUUUGCUUGACGCUUCGCGAUGACCGCAUCCAGGCAGACGUGAGCUACAGGUGCCUCUCUCCAGAUCAACUCCAAAACGUCAUGAACACCUUUCAGCGGGCACUGCAAAUCAUCAUCAGCACGCCAGGCCAGCCACUCUCGCAAACGGACCUGUUCACAGAGCAUGAUUUCCAGCAAAUCAUGAACCCGGACUGGGAGCCGGACCAAACCGACACCAAGAUUCCGGCGUGCCUGCACAAGCUGAUCCUGACGCAAUGCCAAGGGCGGCCGUACGCCCCCGCCAUCUAUGCGUGGGAUGGCGAGCUGUCGUUUCAGCAAGUCGAGACGAGCGUCACAAAACUCGCAACCUAUCUUGUCAAUCUCGGCGUCGGCCCCGGCGUGUUGGUGCCGAUUGUUCUGGAGAGGAGCCGGUGGUCGCCCGUCGUCAUGUUGGCCGUCAUGCAGGCCGGCGGCUGUUUCGUCUGCCUGGACGCUCAAGACAUGGCCGUGGUGGAAGCAAUCAUCAGCCAGGUGGAGCCGCAGCUCGUGGUUGUCACGGAGGGCGCGUGGAAGCACGUCAGCCAGUUCAUCCGAAACUGCGUGCUCGUCAACGAAACCUUUCUCUCUUCCCUGCCACCGCAAAUCACCGUCUUCACGCAAGAGCCCCUUCCGCAGCAAGCUGCUUGCGCCUUCCUCGCCCCCGGCGCUCAGACCCCGAAGGGCAUCUUCUUCACGCACGAGUCCCUGUGCUCCAUCCUCUCGGUGCAGGGGCCGGCCUUGAAGAUCCACAGCGGAAGCAGGGUGCUUCAACUCUCCUCGUACACCAUUGACACGGCGCUGGUGGAGAUUAUGGGAACGUUGCUUCACGGAGGUUGCGUAUGCAUCCCGUCCGCCUUGGAAAGGAUCAACGAUCUGGAGGGCACCAUUGUCCGGAUGGACAUUACUUGGACUUACAUGACGACCGCCCUGUCGCGAAAGAUUAAUCCCGCGACAUUGCCGAAUCUGCAGACAAUCUGCUUCCGAACAAGAACCCUGGACGAGGACACGUUCAAGCCUUGGCUGGGCGACAGGGAUGUCCUUGUCGCCUACGGAGCUGGUGAUGUAUGCCCCCUGGCCAUUUCCGUGUUCAAGGUCUCUCGGGAGAGCGACACCAACGUCGUCGCACCACCUCUGCUCGGCAGGUUCCUCAUUCUCAAUCCGGAAGAUGCGAAGAAGCUCAUGCCGCUCGGAGCCGUGGGCGAGUUGGCCAUUGACAGCCCCAUCGUCACCCCUCACAGGUAUGUCCACGGUAAGUCGCUCAUUGACCCGGCCGCUUUCGAGAAGCCGGGCAGCCAGAGAAAAUGGCGAUACUUGAGAACUGGCCACCGCGCGCGCUAUCUUGAUCGCGGACACAUCCGCUUCCUCGGUGCCAUGAGGGAUGAGGUUGUGGUCAACGGACUGCCGGUCAGGACUGCCGCUGUGGAAAGGCAAGUCCGACAGUGCCUCGGUGGUGACGUGGACGUGGCUGUCGAGCCCAUCACCACGAGCGACGCCGUCAGCUGCCUGGCGGCGUUCCUCGAAUUCGGAGACGAGGAGUUCGUGGGGCCGUCCGAGCUGGAAAAGCUGACCAUGCCCAUGAGAUCGAAACUGGCGGCGGCAAAGUGGCUGGCGGAAAAGACGUUGGCGCAAUGCUCCAGAUGGGACCCGCCGGGAACGCCUCUGCAGUGCAUGCCGACAAUCUUUGUUCCUGUGCGCAGGUUUCCCUUGUCCUCUUCGCUCAAGAUCAACAGGAGGAAGCUUCAGAAGCUAGUCUCGCCGUUCUCGCACAGCGAGUUGUCCGACUUGGCCAACGUGGCUUGCAGCAACCAGCCGUACUUUACGGGCAUCCUGAGCAAGCCGCUGCCCCUGACGCAGACGGAGGAGACGAUGCGCCUGAUUUGGGCGGCGGUCCUGCACGCCGUGGUUGCGGACAUCAAGCCAGCCGACAGCUUCUUCGAUGCAGGCGGUGACGGGCUGCUCGCAACAAGACUGGUCCUGUCGUGCCGCCAGAACGGUUUCGACGUGCCCAUUUCCAGGAUCCUGCGAGGAGCGACCCUGACAGAGAUUUGCCAAUCCAUCGACGGAGGAGACGACGGACACGGCCCGCCACCGGCUGCGGCUGCGGCUGCGGCUGCGGCUGCUGCAGUCAAGGCGUCGCCGAGGACCAAGAGCUCCCCCAAGCCCGGCGGGGCCGGCCAUAAGCUACCGGACGAAUGCGACCACGGGUUUGUCAAGCUCGUUGCCGCUCCGCAACUCGGCAUACCUUGGAGCGACGUCCUGGACGUUGCCGAAGCAUCGUCGUACCAGCUCCAGAGCCUGGAGACGGGCGUGUACGGAACAAGAAGCGACAUUCGCUGCCUGGUGAUGAAGCUGAACGGCGCCCUCAGUCAUCAUCGAGUACAAGACGCCUGCGCCGCGCUGACGCGAGUGCACCCCAGCCUUCGAACGGCAUUCGUGGUGCACGACUCCAACCUGUUCCAGGUCGCCAUUGCUUCGUUUCGCGCAGAGUUUGACCGCAAGCUGGUCGCGGCGGCGGCGUCGCUGCCCCGCGAGGCGAACCUGGUCGUCAAGGGGUACCAGAAGGAAGCGCUGCAGCUCCGAAAGCCGGCCACCAAGUUCACCUUUCUGGACGCGGGCCAGCAGGGCGGGAGGCUGAUCAUGCGCUUCAGCCACGCGCAGGUCAGCGAGUCGGCCGUGCCGCGGCUCGUCCAGGACUUUGUGAAGCUGUACGAGCACCCAGGCACGGAGCUCCGGCGCACAUCCUUUUUCGACUACACGCGCGCGCUGAGAGGCGCGCGCUGCGAGGACAGCCGGGCGUACUGGAGACGGCGCCUCGACAAGUCGGCCGUGACGCAGGUGGUUGCCCGCUCGGCGCCAGCACCGCCCGCGGCAGCGGUCAGGUCCGUCAAGGAGGACGUCAAGGUGUCGGCGCUGACGGACCUGGGCAUCACGUUUGACAGCGUGCUCAAGGGCGCGUGGGCAACGGCGCUGGCCACGCUGUCUGCCAGCGCAGACGUCGUCUUUGGCGAGGUGGUCGAGGGCCGGCGGCUCAAGCUGGAGACGAGCGUGGACGUGUCGUCGAUCGCGGGGCCCAUGGAGAACGUUGUGCCGGCCCGGGUGCGCUUCCCCGUGGUGGAGAGCUCGGCGCUGCAGGUGCUGCAGAUGAUCCAGCGGGACGGCGCGGCGUCGCUGCCGUACGAGGCGAUGGGGGCGCGCAAGAUUGUGCAGGAAUGCACAGACUGGGCAAAGUGGACGAGCUUCAGCACCGUGGUCAGGCAUCGGUCGCAGGUGCCGGUGGACGGGACCACGACGCUCAACAUCCAGGACACGACGUUUACGUACAGCCUGGUGCAGCCGCCGGUGCGGGACGCGCCCGACCUGUUUGUCGGCUCGACCAUGACGGCGCCGGACCGGGUGGCGCUGUGCAUCGAGUAUCCGCCGGACCGGGUGCCGGACGAGGUUGCGCAAAAGGCGCUGGCGCUGCUGGCCGGCGCGGUCCGGUCGCUGGCGUGCUACGAGACGGUCAGCCAGCCUCUGCUGCACUCGUCGAGCGACUAUGCGCUCCUGGAGCCGCAGCUGCCGGUCGGUGCCGGUGCUGCUGGUGCUGCUGGUGCUGCCGGUGCUGCUGCCGCCGCCGGUGCCGCGACGCCCGCGCAGGAGACGACGACGGAGCAGCCCGACGGAGCGGCCGAGCCCGGCAGCUGCUACACGAGCUGGCUGUCGGGCGAGCAGCGCGCCACGCUCCAGCAGUUCCUGCUGUCGGCGUGGACCGAGAUGCAGCCGCCGUCGACGCGGAGCCUCUCGCAGGAGGCGAGGCUCCUCUCGUCGUCGCGCUUCUACGACGUUGGCGGCACCGUCCUGCCGGCGCACCUAUUUGCCGAGCGCCUCAACAACGACCUCCGCAAGCUGGACAUUGAGGGCAUCCACACGGUGCACGUCACCGCCGCGGAGCUCAUCGCCAACCCCACCGUCUCGGAGCAAAUGGCCCUGGUCGCGCGCAAGAUGCGCGCCGCCAGCGUGCUCUCCAAGCCGGCGGGACCGCGCAAGAAGAAGAAGAAGAAGAAGAAGAACAAGCCCGUCGCCGUCAACAUGCACACCGGCCUGGGCCUGGGCCUGGGCCUGGGCCUCGGCGGCAGCCUGCCGUCGGCGUCGGCGUCGGCGUCGGCGUCGGCGUCGGCGUCGUCGUCCAACUGGGCGCUGCUGGCAAAGGCCAAGGGGCUCCGGCGGUUCCGCCCCAGCAACGGGUCCCACGGGCCCCACGGGUCCGUCAAGGACCUUCUUUCCAACCGGGCCGGCGACUGGGUCAAGGCCCGCGUCAGCCCGAGCAAGGACAAGAGCUCCGCGGCGGCUGAGGCGGUGGCGACGCCGCACGACGAGCCGGGCGGCGCAGUCGUCGUCGGCAGGGACGAGACACCCACAGCCAGCAAGGAGAGCAGGGGCAUCGACACGGUGCCAGAGGCGGCGGUGGAGAUUGGCCCGAGUUGCCGCGGCGGCCCGUGGGAGUGA